AUGUGGAAGCUGGAGAUAGCGGAAGGCGUCGGUCCGUGGCUCUUUUCUACGAACAAAUUUAUUGGCAGACAGGUUUGGAAAUUCGACGCUGCUUCCGGGACGUUAGAGGAACGAGCUCUAAUUGAAAACUUCCGACAAAAUUUCUCCUUACAUCGACAUCAUGUUAAAGCAAGUAGCGACAUGCUUAAGAAUUUUCAGCUCAUGCAAGAUAACCAGGUAGAUCUAAACAUAGCACCAGUGAGAUUGGAAGACAAUGAAGAAGUGACUCGUGAAAAAGUCACGACUGCUUUGAGGAAAGCUGUUCGAUUCACUUCAGCUACACAAGCAUGGGAUGGACAUUGGCCCUCGGAAAAUUCAGGGCCAUUGUUUUCCUUACCCCCUCUGGUUAUGGUCUUGUACCUUACUGGAACACUUGAUACCGUUCUAUCUUCUGAACACAAAAGGGAAGUUCUUCGCUACAUUUACAAUCAUCAAAAUAGAGAUGGAGGAUGGGGUUUCCACGUAGAGGGACACAGCACCAUGUUGACCACGAUUCUAAAUUACAUUGCCCUUCGUUUGCUUGGAGAAGGAACUGAAGGUGGCAAAGAUGGGGCUGUCGAGAAGGCUAGAAAUUGGAUAGUCGAUCACGGGGGUGCAACGAUGAUACCCUCAUUGGGAAAGGCUUAUCUUUCGGUACUAGGAUUAUGUGAAUGGUCAGGGUGCAAUCCAAUGCCCCCAGAAUUAUGGCUUCUCCCUUCAUAUUUUCCUUUCAGUCCAGCGAGGCUAUGGUCUUUCAUGCGCAACUUUUAUGCACCUAUGUCUUACUUGUAUGGAAAGAAAUUUGUCGGGCCAAUCACUGAGCUUAUUUUAUCAUUGAGAGAUGAAAUUUACAUCCAACCAUAUGAAAAGAUAGAUUGGAAUAAAGCACGCCAUUCCUGUUUAAAGGAAGAUGUAUAUCGCCCUUAUCCCAUGGUGCAAAUUCUGCUUUGGGACACUCUUUAUUACAUUGCCGAGCCACUUUUAAAAUGCUGGCCCUUCUCCAAGCUAAGAGAGAAAGCUCUACAGAUAGCAACAAAGCUCAUCCAUUAUGAGGAUGAGAACACUCGAUACAUAACUCAAGGAGGUACACAGAAGGUUUUGCAUAUGAUGGCCUGUUGGGCAGAGGAUCCAACUUCAGAUUCAAUAAAAUUUCACCUGGCCAGAGUUCCUGAUUACUUGUGGGUAGCUGAAGAUGGAAUGAAAAUGCAGUUAAACGGUGGUAGCCAAUUGUGGGAUACCGUUUUAACUACCCAAGCAAUCAUCUCAAGUAAUCUAACGAAUGAAUAUGCGUCUACUCUCAGAAACGCUCAUGAGUUCAUAAAACAGUCACAGCUUCAAGAAAAUGCAUCAGGAGACUUCCAAAGUAUGCAUCGCCACAUGUCUAAAGGAGCUUGGACUUUCUCCGUUCAAGAUGAUGGAUGGCAAACCUUAGACUGCACAGCUGAAGCUCUGAAGCCGAUACUCUUACUCUCACAAUUACCGCCAGAAAUUGUAGGUGAAACAGUUGAAGUAGAACGACUAUAUGAUGCUGUGAAUGUCCUCUUGUCGUUGCAGAGCAUAAAUGGUGGUUUUACUGGUUGGGAGCCAGUAAGAGGACCACAAUGGCUGGAGAAGCUAAAUCCAACAGAACUUUUUGCUGCAGCAGCGAUUGAGCGGGAGUAUGCUGAAUGCACUUCAUCGGCCAUCCAAGCUCUUGUGUUGUUCUCCCAGUUAUGUCCUGGAUAUCGAAAGGAAGACAUAGAAACUUCUGUGGCUAAUGCAGUGCAAUUUCUAGAAGGUUCACAGAUGGAAGAUGGUUCUUGGUAUGGCAGCUGGGCAAUUUGCUAUACAUAUGGCACAUGUUUUGCUUUAGCAGGGCUGGCUGCUGUUGGGAAGACUUGUCGCAACAGCCAAAUUGUCCGUAAAGCUUGUCGAUUUUUGCUUUCAAAACAGCAAGAGUCUGGUGGAUGGGGAGAAAGCUAUCUAUCAUGCCCCAAUUUGGAAUAUGAACAUCUAGCAGAAGGAAACUGCUCAAAUCUAGUUCAAACUUCAUGGGCGAUGAUGGGUCUGAUUCAUGCUGGACAGGCUGAGUUGGAUCCGCAACCUUUGCACAAAGCAGCAAGACUAUUGAUCAACUCACAGAUGGAAAGUGGUGAAUUUCCUCAACAGGUCUUAAUAGAGAGUUAA